AUGUCUUCUAUACUCAAGGGCGACAAAAGCGACACUACAGUCCAUGCUGUAGUCCAGGAUGUUUCUAGCUCUCCUGCUCAGCUUGCAGAUAAUGCUAAACUCGCUGAACUUGGCUAUAAGAGCGAGUUCAAGCGUGAAUUUUCGCUCAUUGAGACCGUGGCAUUUGCGUUCUCUAUUAUGGGUGUCGUCGCUUCUGUAUCCUCUACCCUAUCAUUUGGACUCGUGAGCGGCGGGCAUGUCGGUUUGGUCUUUGGGUGGUUAAUCCCCAGCAUCUUCGUAAUGACUAUCGCUCUUGCUAUGGCAGAGCUGACGUCUUCAAUGCCAACGAGCGCUGGUCUUUAUUAUUGGUCCGCCAAGUUGGCACCCCCCAAAUACUCGGCUCUAGCGAGCUGGAUUACAGGUUGGGCCAACAUUACCGGUCAAAUUACACUCGUAUGCUCGAUUGAUUAUACUUGUGCUCAAAUGAUUACCACUGCUAUUGCUGUUAACUCUGGCGGAGCUACAAAUCUAUCCUCUGGGGCGACUUUUGGUAUCCUUCUGGCGAUCUUGUUCUCCCAUGGCAUCGUCUGUUCUGCGGCUACCAGAAUUCUAGCUCGCCUCAACUUGUUUUAUGUCAUCAUAAACGGCGAGUCAUCAUUGCUUCUAACGUUAAGCACUGAUCCUAUCGGAACAACGGUCGCCGCAAUCAUCGCCCUUUUGGUCGCUUCGGGAAGUAACAAAGUCUCCACUAAAGAUGCUUUCACCCUCUUCGAAAACAAUACUGGCUGGUCAAAUAAUGGCUGGGCAUUUUUAUUAGCUUUCACCGCGCCAAUGUGGACGCUGACAGGAUAUGACUCUGCCGCCCAUAUCUCUGAGGAAGUUGCCGGUGCCGACGUUGCAGCGCCUGUUGCCAUUAUAACUGCUGUUGCUGGUACCGCCGGUCUUGGAUGGAUUCUGUUAAUUGCGACAUCAUUCGCUAUCCCAUCCAUCACCGAUCUCCUCAGCACUGAGCUUCCUCUCCCCAUGGGCCAAGUUUUCUUGGAUGUUCUUGGAAAACGAGGAAUGUUGGUCAUAUGGUCGUUCAUCAUCGUUGUUCAGUAUGUCACCGGAGCUGCACAAGGCGUAGAUGCCUCUCGUGUAGUAUUUGCCUUUGCCAGAGACAAUGCGCUACCAGGCUCUCGAUGGUGGAAGAAAAUCAAUUCCAGGACCCAGACGCCAGUCAAUGCGGCUUGGCUUGUCAUGGUCUUCGCCGGUAUUUGUGGAUUACUCGGGUUCUCAGAAACAGCUCUGACCUCGCUUGCUGGCGCCUCCGUUAUCGGAUUGUACACUUCUUACGUCGUUCCCAUUUUCUUGCGCAUUACUUCCGGACGGAAUAACGUCGUCCCUGGUCCUUUCACAUUGGGUCGAUGGGCCACUCCAAUUGGCGCCGUUGCAGUAUCAUGGGUCACCUUUAUCGUGGUGCUGUUAUUGUUCCCCACCGGCCAGCACACCACUGCCCAGGACAUGAAUUACGCGAUUGUUCUCAUCGCGGCUGUUUUCAUCUUCGCUACGGUCUCGUGGAUGACAUCCGCCCAUAAAUGGUUCCAUGGUCCUGUCAACAACGUCGGAGAUGACAUAAAUUCGAAUGAAAAAAGUUCAACGUGA